AUGAGGGUACUGGUGCUGACGGCACUGCUGGUGGCUGUCUUUGCCAAAGAGAACUUUGUGGGGCACCAGGUGCUCCGGAUCUCCGCAGUCAAUGAAGCCCAGGUUCAGAAGGUGAAGGAGCUGGAGGAGCUGGAGCACCUGCAGUUGGACUUCUGGAGAGGCCCUGCCCAGCCCGGUGCCCCCAUCGACGUCCGAGUGCCCUUCCCCAGCCUGCAGCCCGUCAAGGUCUUCCUGGAGUCCCAUGGCAUUGAGCACAGGGCCAUGAUCAAGGACCUGCAGUCGCUGCUGGACCAGGAGCAGGAGGAGAUGUUCGCCUUCCAGGCCCGCGCCAGCUCCACGGACUCCUUUAACUAUGCCACCUACCACACCCUGGAGGAGAUCUACAACUUCAUGGACAUGCUGGUGGCUGAGAACCCCAACCUGGUCAGCAAACACGAGAUCGGGAGGACCUACGAAGGGCGCCCCAUUUACGUGCUGAAGUUCAGCACCGGUGGCGACAAACGCCCUGCCUUCUGGAUCGACACCGGCAUCCAUUCCAGGGAGUGGGUCACCCAGGCCAGCGGGGUCUGGUUCGCCAAGAAGAUCGUGACCGACUACCAGAAGGACGCACGUCUCACGUCCUUUCUCAACAACAUGGACAUCUUCCUGGAGAUCGUCACCAACCCUGAUGGCUUUGCCUUCACCCAUAGCAAGAACCGCUUGUGGCGUAAGACACGCUCCAUCACGCCAGGCUCCUCCUGUGUGGGCGUAGACCCCAACCGGAACUGGGAUGCUGGCUUUGGGGUGGCCGGCGGAGCUAGCAACAACCCCUGCACGGAAACCUACCACGGCAAGUUCCCCAACUCUGAGUCUGAGGUCAAGGCCAUCGUGGAUUUUGUCAAGGACCACGGGAACAUCAAGGCCUUCAUCUCCAUCCACAGCUACUCCCAGCUCCUGCUCUACCCUUUCGGCUACAAGAUGGACCCGGCCCGUGACCAGAGUGAGCUGGACCAGCUGGCCCGGUCUGCGGUGACGGCCCUGGCUUCUCUGUACGGGACCAGCUACCAGUACGGCAGUAUCAUCCAAACCAUCUACAAAGCCAGCGGAGGCACCAUUGACUGGACCUACGAGCAGGGCAUCAAGUACUCUUUCACCUUUGAACUCCGGGACACCGGACGCUACGGCUUCCUGCUGCCAGCUUCCCAGAUCCUCCCGACUGCCCAGGAGACCUGGCUGGCCCUUCAGGUCAUCAUGGAGCACACCCUGAAUCAUCCAUACUGAGCUGACCCAUUGCUUCCCCUCCCUGGCCCCACAAAUCAAAUAAAGCCUGAUCAUCCACGGA